GCUACCUUGAGGAUAUGAGCCCUAUUGUUGAGUUACUUUACAACUAAUGGUUAGGUUUAGAUGCCCACCCUCAAUGUGUCCAUCAGCCAGUCGAGCUUCAAUCUCGACACGUCGGGAGUCGCUGGAUUCUUCGGUGGGGAUGAAGCGAUCUCAGCGAUGGCAACUGUCCAUCUCUACCGCGGGAGGCGCUGGCUAGGCUGGUAUAAUUCACCAGGAAGUUACAUUGUUGCCAAAAAGUUCGGGCAACUUGCUAAUUCGCGAUUUUGGGAUGGGCUUUUCCCCGGUCCAAAUUUAACACCAGCUGAAGUAUUUGGGCUGGAUGGAAAGACCGGCCCCCGUUAUUGGGGCGUUUUGUCAGGCACGGAUAUGGCCUGUGGCCACCUGGCAUACCUCGUGAUGCAGAAGACGAAAGAAGUCGAGGAAGUGGCAGAUUUGGGAGGACGGGAGACUAUACCUCAAACAGUCACCAUCCUCGAUGUCGGAGAUGUGAUACUCAAGCACACGGACCAGGCGCCAAUGAUGAGCGUCCACCAUGCUCUCUUGGCCGCUAUCCCCAUUACCAUCAAUCUCGCAACGUGCGUGCUUUGCGCGGCUUCGGGAGAUUGGCUAGCUUUCGCCCUCAUCCUGCUGGGAGUCAUUUCAGGCGGGACAUCUUGCUUUGUCAUCGGCUCUGCUCAACUCGACUUUCUUGCUGGCGUGAAAGAACCUUCUCCAGGCACGCCGCCUGCAGACGGGAUACUCUUGAUGCGAAACAAUGUGGUCAUUGUCCGAGGCGCGGAGAAAGACAUCAACCCAAUAACGAAAGGCAAAUUUGUCCUGAGGAUGCAUGGCGGCCCAGAGUACCGACGGAUUGGACUCUGCUCGCUUCUCCUCCUUGCGCAGUUUCUUCUCCAGCUCCUUUUUAUGCCUCAGGCAUCGACAUUCGGGCAGAUCAUGUUUAUCUCAUCGGUUGCAGCCUCAUGGGCAUAUAAUUCAUUUCUGUCGUCAUUGGAGCAGGAGAAGAUACAAGUCGACCUCCUAUGGAAAGCACUUGGCAAUCCACGACUAUUGAAAUUUGGCCUCAAAAGUAGAGCUGCUCAGGCAGUUUUUGCAUGCUUAGUCCUCAGUAACGGCAUCCAAAGGCCAUCUGUCGACUUCAAACCAAAGAAAGUCUUGCAUCGGUUCAUAUCAAACGACACAAGGGUAUGGGAUGUAUGGAGAGACAAAGUGGCGGAGCAGUUGGAAAAUAACAAGGAAGAAAAGUCGUUCAAGCUUAGCUCAGAAGAUUUACGAGGGUUCGGAGAACAUGAAAGGGCCCUCCUGACGUCAUUGCUUCGAGACGCACAGGACGCGUAUGGAGGUUACCAGGAGCAAGUACAUAAGAUCGAAGACAAUGGCCACAUCUCUGAGAAACAAGUACCUCAACCGGACUCCUUUGUUUAGAGUCA